AUGGAGGAUCUGAUUCCCGGCCUCACCGACGACGUGACACGCGAGUGCCUCGCUCGAGUCCCCUUCAUUAACUUACGCACCCUUUUGUCAGUCUGCAAGCUCUGGCGGCAGGAGCUUCGCAACCCGACGUUCCACCGGUUCCGGAAAUCCAUCGGCAUCGCUCAACCAGUUGUCGUGCUGAUCCAACCUGUGCCUUAUUACGCCCAGUCCACCUUGCCAGGGCCCGUGGUCUACCGCCUCGUCAUCUUCGAAACGACCACUGGUGUUUGGAGAUCCCUCCCCCCCUGCCCCUUCCUACCUCAUGGGCUCCCGCUCUUCUGCCGGCUCGCAGCUGUCGGUACCGAGCUCGUCGUCGUCGGUGGAUGGAAACCUCCCACCUGGACCACAACCGACGAAGUCCACGUCUACGACUUCUUAUCGGGCGAGUGGCGCCGCGGGUCCCCCCUCCCGAGCCCCCUGCGGUCCUACUUCGCCUGCGCGGCGAUGCACGAUUCCGACAAGGGCUGCCGAGAGGUGUACAUAGCCGGCGGGCGUGACGAGAGAAAGAACGCGCUGCGGUCCGCGCUGGCGUACGACUUGGCAAGCGGCUCGUGGAAGCCGUUGCCCGACAUGGCGCGCGAGCGCUACGAGUGCCGCGGGGUGAUCCUGCGCGGCAAGUUCCUCGUCCUUGGCAGGUACUCCGCGGAGACCUUUGAUAUGGCUGCGGGAAGUUGGGGCCCCGUGGAGGGGGCCGCGGUGGAGGAGGAAUACCCCGCGUUGUAUGUCACUGGAGAGGACGGGAGGCUGUACCGGUGCGCGGGGAGGGAAGUGAUGGUACAGCUGGAGGGCAGCGUGUGGGCUAAGUUUGCAGAGCUACCGAGCGGAAUGAGGCGGGCGCUAUACGCGGUGGCGUGGGAGGGAAAACUGAUGGUGAUGGGCAUCGGGCACGAUUAUGGCUUUUCGGCGAACAUUCUCGGAAUGAAAGCAACUACGACAAGGACGACAAUGGCUGCGGCGACGUGGAAGAAGAUUGAGGUGCCGCCGGAGUACCGAAGAUCCGUUCUAGGAGCGUGUUGUUUGUUUAUCUAA